AAAUGUUAUCAUUAAUGCAUUUUUUCACGGUCCUCAGACUCACAGAAUCACUGUGUGCCUGCCAGUUUGAGCAUCAUUACUACAGCAAGAGAACACAUUUUGACUAAUAGCUCGAGACUUUGUUGUCAGGUCCAAGGUAGCAGAAGAGCACUUGUGGCUUUUUUUCACAUCACGCUUGGUGCCAGGAGCACAGAAUGGCUUUUUAGUACUCUCUGUUUUUCUCUUGCAAUUAGCAACUGUAACAGACAGAAGUGUCAAGAAGCAGGCAAGCGCUAUUUAUAACAACAGCAAGAUAUGUCACACCACAAUAGCAUCUUUGAAAAUCAAUGACACAUGUUGCAUUCAGAUUUGACUGUUAUUUUUGUCACUAGGUUUGAGUCAAGCUUCGCUCUAUUGAGUUGUUCUAUAUUACAUAUGAUAUUCUGUUUGAAGAUGGUAUGUAAGCUAAUAAAGCUGACCGUGCGGUUUCCUGUGUGAGUGAUUCUCAUCUUUCCAUCAAUAGCUGGCUUGUCAAGGCCUGGUGGACAUGGUAGUUCUAUUAUUCACCACUGACUGCACUGUGUUGUAUUAUUCUGGCUUGAUGAGUAGAAUAUGUUUCCCCUGGAGAAGAAUCUCUGCUCAUUGAGCUGCUGUUUCUCUUUCCUCUCAAACCUCACAAAAAAACUAUUAAUUCACCUUUUGGUUGUGAAGAUAGGAGUGGAAAAAUAUGUUUUAAAAAGUAUAGCUAAGUCUUCUCAACCAUUUGCACCCAAGACUUCCCCUCUAGCUGUCUUUUAAAGGCAGAUGAUGUCCGGACUGCCCUCUGUCCCAGUCCUGCUGUCCAGAGAGAAAAAGAGUCCCUCUUGGAUCCUACAGAGGCAGCUGGGACAGGCGUGGCGGGACCGGCAUGUGUGAAAAGAGCAUUAAUCAAUUCCCAGGCCCAUAAGAGGAUAGAGGUCAGCAAAACGUCUCACAUUUUCCAAAUGUCCCUGCGUACUCGGACAAUAUUGAAGAGCCGAGGCCAAGUCCACUGCUGCCAUCAUCGCAGCGUUUACCCAAAGCAGGAAAGGCCUUGGCACAAGUUGUCUCAGUGCUGGAUUCCUUCCAGGCAGUUUUUUCUGCUUAAUCUUCACUUUAAAUCCGCCUUCAUCUAGCUUUCCUGGUCCGGAAAAGCCUAUCUGCCCUGCAAUGACCAGCUGUGACCCACAGUAUCAACCAGAUGAGCCAUAAAGUCUGUCUGUGUGUGUGUGCACAAGCUCACAACUGAGUGUGUGAGAGUACGAGAGGGAUUCUGUGUGUAUCUUUGUGUGUUGUGCUCUUGUGUACAAUAUGCAUAUAUGAGCAAAUUUAGGCAUAAAUCGUAAUUGUGAGGAUAUUGCAGCAUUUAUGACAUUUUAGAGAUGGUAUAGAAAGAACUUCAUCUUCUCCAUUAGAUUAUUUACUUUCAUUCAUUUAAUUUUAAUAUAACUUUCCAAGACUAUACCAUUUGGAAAAAGGCUUAAUAUAAGAGCUCUAUUAUAAAAACGUCUUGUAUUCACUCUAACAUAUUUUCCAUCUGUUGGACUGUGCCUGAGGACUAAGGCAAAUUUAGCUGCAUGGGGGGAAAACCCCAAAGUUAACCUUUAGUUAUGAAUUUGUCCUCCACCGCUGUGGCAGAGGACAGGCCCAUGUCAGUCCAACUGAACCUAGAGCUCAUUAUGGCGCUCUUGGAGGAAGCUGUGUUGGAUUAGCUGGUGUACGAAUGACUGCAGCUAAUCCUCAGGGGUUACAGAAACAUCUAUUACCUCGGCCAUUUUCCACGUUUUUCACUAGUUGAGCCACAAUGAUAAUGAUUACAAAUGCUUGAUGUGCUGUCCUACAUCUGUCCGAUGUGCACAUCUGUAAGGUAGUCAUUUAUAUAUAUAUAAAUGAUUGUUUAUCCUUAAACUGUUGUCCCUUGCUAUUCCAGUUUGGCAGGUCAGUCCCACUGUGAUUAUUCAGCAGCCAGCAUAGAUCAUCAUACCAGUCAUAUGGGAUGAUACAUAACUACAUAAUCCCAUAGUGACUCCAAGGAUACGCAUCGUCACUUAACCUUGUUUUCCUGAUGGUAUUGUUAUGAAUAAUCAACUGAGGUACUUUCUGCUCUCUUGAGCCCUUCAGCUGUUUUGGUUUCAGCCUAACAACAUAGCUCAGUUCAAUCACAGGACUGAGCGCUGCAAUGCUGAUAUUGUUUUGAGCAGAUGUGGCAUGUGAUACUGAAUUAGUGAUUCAAAGGAAAGUGGUUCAAAAGUUCCCCUGUGUACUUAUAAUGGAUAUACAAAUUUCUCUUUUAGUUGACAUGCUGUCAUUUUCUUCUGACAUAGUUUAAUUAGCGACUUAAUUGCAUUGACCUGUUAGGACUACUUUAUUUUCCAUUGAGAUCAAAAAUCUAUUUCUACAAGAGACACCUGGCCAAGGUAGCCGCUGUACAAACUCACAACACGUUCAAAUACAACAAGAUACGCAGACAAUGUGAUUGAUAAAAGCCUCUAUCAUCUUCAUUUCAUGUUUUAAUCAAUGUAUAUUGUGAUAUUCUCUGGGGGGGGGGGCGUAGUGAUUUUUCUUUUGGCUGAAGGUUGUCUGAGGUUAUUGGGAGAGCAGAUGAGGGUCUUUUAUCUUUUUUUCUCAUCCUACAAUUAUGCUUUGUACCAGCCAUCCUUUGCAAUAUAGUUAAUAGUUACAUCAAUUCUUAAAAGUUGCAUAAAUACAAAACAGCAGAAAGACAACUUUCACUUGCGCCGUGGCUCAUAAAGGUGCUCUUUGCCAUAUGCAGUUCUGUCUCUAUAUCAGGGAUUCAUUAAUGUGUUCAUGAGAAGUUCCAUUAAGAUAUUAAGAGGAGGGUGUUCCAGUUUUUCAAAGUCAAGAGGAAGGUUAAAAAGGAACAUUAAUUUCCCUGCAGAGCUUUUUUACAAAAUGAAACAUGGAUUGUAUCUCAUUCGUUGCUUUGGACAAGUGCAUCAGCCAACAGGAUAAAUGUAAAAAAGUUCAGCCUCAAUAGGAUGGAAUAAACAGAUGAGGAUAUGUGUUUUAUUAUAAUCUAGUGAAUUGGAUAAAUGACAAAUCACUACUUGACUUUACUUUGACUGACUUUGUCACAUUGUUUCAAAAAUCCCCAAAUUGCCAUAAAACUGUUCUACUCUGUGAUUUGCAACAUUAGCCACGAUGGCCUAAUACAUCCUGAUAUAUUAAAGGGAUAGCAACCCCUCAUAAAUGUUGUGGAAACAUUUUAUCAUCACAUAAUAUAUUUUCUCAUCACCCAUCUCUCAGUCCUGUAAUGAAAGUCCUGCAGUUUAACAACAGUGAAAAGGACCUCCCGAGGUUUGCGAUUGCCUGUCCGGAUGCCACCUCUUUGCACAUGUUGCUUUUUAAAAUCCUCCCUUAAUGUUGUGCUUUGACACUGAAAUCAUUAGAGUGAAAGAAAUGCUCCAUAACCGCAGACUGCUGAGCAACUGAGCAACACCAGCUCAAACACCGGUUACCCUGGACACUCGCUUCCGAAAGCAAUUUCUCCUCAUUGAUGUAAUGGAUGUGUCCCUGAACGGGCUUUUUUUCCCACGCAUUGUUUCCUCGGGGCAGGCGGCUGUUGUGCUCUUAAAGGCAGCACACAGACAGCACCCAGAGGCUAUGGAUCAUGGCAGCCUUUCAGGGCUGAUGUUCUGUGAGCACUAGUAUUGAUUCACUCUGUCGCGUAUUAUUAUGAACACAGAUUAAUACAGAAUAAGUUUCCAUCCCCAGGCGAAGUAAAAAAUUGGCGGGAUGACAUUUUGCUGCAGCGUUUUGGCUGCAUGUUUGGGAUACAUAACAGAGAUGGGACAGCUCCACCUUCGAUUUACAGCAUAUAGUCUCACAUUCAAUCUGUCUCAGAGGAGAAAUCUGUCUGUUGCUUUUGUUAGGGUGUAAAGAGUGUGUUGAAUACUAAAUCAACUUCUCCCCAAAGUAUUUCACUGCUGUUGUUAAAUAAUUAUUUGACACAUUUACAGCCUGUGUUUGUGGAGGCUUCAAUUUGUUGUUUUCUGGUUUUGCACAAUAUUUAGAUUUCACAUCGUGCUCCGUCACAAAGGAACUUUAUUUCCAAUUCAUCGUUGCCAUCUGUGUCAAAGGCUGCUAAUGAUACCUACCAGUGGAGAUGCAUUGUGCCGUGGGAGUGCCGUGUCAGCAGUCUGUACGCUGGCAUUUGGAUGAGCUCCAUGUGUCUUUGCCUGAUAAAACCAGACGUGACCUGUUGAGCGUCGGGGUCAGGGAUGAGCAGUCUCCCUUGUGAAAUAUUCAACACUAAAUAUCUCAACCGAACUCAAUCCCAUUGUCUUACGUAACCAAGCGAUAUUUCCUGGCUCCGUCUUUUGCCAAAGGUUAGAAACCCAAAAGGCAUCACAUCAUUUUGCUUUGUUAAUGUAUUCACUGUCGCCAAUGCUGUGAAAUUCCAUUUAGAUAGUGUUUCAAAUUCUUCUCACAUUAUGUCGUGCCAAUUUAAAUAGAGAGAGACAGAGAGGAAAUAAUAGCAAUUUUAACACUGUGGUUAUUGUCAUGCCAAUGGGGAAUAAUUACUGUGUACCACAGAAAAGUGUUAAAUUCUUUAGGGCUUUGCAUUUUAGGAUUAUGAGUAUGUAAUUUCCCCCAUAAAACAUCUCAACUCCUUUUUUUUGUCAGUGUUAAGAUUUUAAUCACUGCUUUUGUUCUAAUACAUCCUUUUUUUCAUAUCUGUCUUCUAUGUACAUAAAAUAAGCAAUUAACUAAAAAAAUCCGCUGCCUCCAUUUUCAGAGGCUUUGAAUUGCUGUAUUUGAAUGUGCACCACAACCCCCAAUCAUCAUUAUCCCCCCUCUCCCCUAACAAAAACCUUUUAGUUGUUGAGAGUAUGUGGAAACAAUAAACAUUACAGUGACCUUUUGUUCCGCUAGUGUGCUGAUAGCCAAUCACCUCUCAAAGCUAUAGCCUGUUCUUUUACACACACACACACACACACGGCUUGGUAAUUACAGCAUGUUUUCAACCAUUGUAAAUUAUUGCAAGUGGUACCUAUACAUGUUUUGUCCCUCAAAAAGAUACGACACAUAAAGCCGUGUUAUUGCAGUCAGCAGGACAGGGUUUCACAGUGCUGUGACUCCACAGUAACACGGUGAUGUUCGCUUCCUUUCCUCUGCGAUGACUGAUACAGGAAUGAAUGUGUUCGCUGCCUGCAUGACGGACUGAAUGCCAGUGUAAUUAAAGGUUGUGUGAGGGUGGGCAAUGAUGAGCUGUCUGCACACACCAAUGAUAGUUGCCUCCUUUUUCUGCUUGAAUACCCACUCUGUUUGUCUCCUCUUUCCAUCAUGUCCCAUACAGUACAUGUCGCCUGCAUCCCUCAGCUGUUAGCGAGGAAGGGAAGUUGUGUCAGAUGUUUGGAUAGCCUCUCUGACUUCCUACCACACCCGGGGAUGUUUCUGCAGUCACACACUCUCAAUCCAUCAGUGCAUCACAGACAGAAGACAGUUGUGACGGACAUGUGCUACCCGACAGAGAUAUCCAGCCUGAUGGACUUUGGCACCCCAGACUGCUCGCUGGGCAAAGUGUUGUUGCGUGAGGAGGUGGUCCAGCUUCAAGAGGAGGUCCACCUGCUGAGGCAAAUGAAGGACAUGUUGAGUAAAGACCUGGAGGAGACCCAGGGAGGCUGCUCUGCCAAUCUGCUCUCAGCCACAGAGCUCCGAGUGCAGCUGGGUGACAAGGAGCAGGAGCUGGACCGUGCCAAGGAGGCCUUACAAGCCAUGAAAGCUGACCGUAAGCGUCUAAAAGUGGAGAAGGCGGACUUGGUGAGUCAGAUGCAGCAGCUGUAUGCAACACUGGAGAGCAGAGACGACCAGCUGCGAGAAUUCAUACGCAACUACGACCAACACCGAAAGGAGAGUGAGGAUGCAGUGAAAGUCCUGGCAAAGGAGAAAGACAUGCUGGAGAGGGAGAAGUGGGACCUGAGGAGGCAGACCAAAGAAGCCACAGAACAGGCCAACAUCCUGCGUUCUCAGAUGGACAUGAAGGAGAACAGGGUCAAAGAGCUGGAGGCCGAGCUCACCAUGGCGAAGCAGUCUCUGGCCACCUUGACAAAAGACGUGCCGAAGCGCCACUCGUUGGCAAUGCCUACAGAGCCCGUGAUGAACGGCAGUCAGGAGUGGGUGAUGCAGGCCGACCUGCCGCUCACUGCCGCCAUUCGUCAGAGCCAGCAGACCCUCUACCACGGACACACCACGGACAGACAGGCUGUGGUCAGGAUCAGCCCCUGCCACUCUCGCCAGCCGUCUGUCAUCUCAGACGCCUCUGCAGCCGAUGGAGACCGCUCGUCCACGCCCAGCGACAUCAACUCACCUCGUCACCGGACCCACUCCCUCUGCAAUUCCAUGGAGGACCUGGAGGACCAGAAGCGUAAGAAGAAGAAGGAGAAGAUGACUCUGGGAUCCCUGUCGCGGGUGUUCGCUCGAGGCAAGCAACGCAAGUCACUGGACCCCGGCCUGUUUGAUGAUUCUGACAGCCUCACACAGCAGAGCCUGUCUGAUGGCGAGGAGCAGCUGGACCGCCUCCAGCAGGCGGAGCUCACUCGAAACACAUGCAUGUCGCUGUGGAGGGCAGGUGCAGUGCAGGCCUGGCUGGAGGUUGUCAUGGGAAUGCCCAUGUAUAUCCGAGCCUGCUCUGAAAACGUCAAAAGUGGCAAGGUCCUGCUAGGCCUGACAGAUGAGGAUUUGGAGCUGGGUUUGGGUGUCAAUAACCCCAUUCAUCACAGGAAACUGAGACUGGCCAUUGAGGAUUAUAGGAGAGCUGAAGGGGACCAAGGACUAUCGAAAGCAUCCGAGAUGGACCAUCACUGGGUUGCGACAUCAUGGCUGAGUGACGUGGGGCUGCCUCAGUACUCGCAGACCUUCCAGACUCAUCUAGUGGACGGGCGAGUGCUGAACUCUCUGAGCCGGAGAGACCUGGAGAGAUUCCUUAACAUCAGCGACCAGUUCCACCAGACCAGUCUGCUCCUGGCAAUACAGCUCUUGCAGAUAUUCAGUUUUGAUAAAGAGACCCUUCAGGGACAGCGGGCAAAAUGUGAGCACCAAGACCGGGACCCGAUUGUUUGGACAUGUCACAGAGUAAUGAAGUGGAUCAGAGACAUAGACCUCAAGGAUUUUGCAGGCAAUCUUCCGGGUAAAGGGAUUCAUGGAGCUGUGAUGGCUCUGGACCCGUCCUUUGACACAGACGUCAUGGCCAAAGCCCUGGGGAUCCCCAGCAACAAACACAUGCUGCAUCGGCACCUGUAUGAAGAGAUGAAAUCACUCGCCGUCCCUCACAGCAGUGCAGAGCAGGGAAGUGAAGUUAUCGGAUCCUCUUCGCCUGUGGCUGUUAACCGCUUUGCCGAGGAGAGGGUGUCGAUGAGAAGAUCAGGCAAGAGUCCGCUGAGGUUACGUGCCAACAACCACUCUGUGGAGCGAAGUCUGGGCUUCCACGGCAGCUGCGGCUCUCUGCCCAGAGAUGCCCGAGUUCAGGCCGUUCCCCGGGCAGCCAAAGGCAGCCCGAUGCACACCUACAAGAGUGUUGAAAUCACCAACGUCUGAACCAGCCUCCGCCAUCCAGAUCGCUGACGUUGCAGCUAUUGUUUACAUUGUCAUUGUAUUAUUGUUUACUACUGAGAGGGACCUACACUCAGCAUUGAUUAAGAGUAAGUUGUCUUAAAGGGGUGCACCACUUGAUUUGAUGAUUCAUUAUUCUUGGCCAAUAUUAGAUUAACACAUACUCUGAACAGAAACAAUCAUUUUUGACCCGAUGGAGCUGUUGUGAACAUAAUGAAGAGGAAGAGGAUUCUAUGGACAAAAACAAUUGUUUUAUUCUGACUAAACGCCCAAAUGAGUUUUAUGUUAUGAGUUUAUACAAGGCUUAAGAACAACCUUCAAAAUACCUGAACACAGUGUUCUCCUUUGAUGCCUUAUAUCAAAUAGGUCUCACAGCACUGUUGUUUACUGCUCUACUCUUUAUUUCUAACAUUACAGUAAAUGAAUGAUUAUGCUUGAGUUAUAGGAAAUAAAGUCAUUAUAACAUGCUUUCACUGUCGAGAUACAUAUCAGCUGUUGAAACCUGAACUGCGUCAGGUCAGCAGCUCUACAUAUAUGAGUGAGAUGUUGUUUAAUUUUCAUUACAACAUUAAAAGAUAUGUAAUUUGGACGUGUGGGGGAGCUAAAAAUGGCAAAAAGUUCAACUUCUAUGAUUCUAGCACUUAGGACCAUAUUUAACCUGAAUUCUGUAAUUUUGAAAACUGGUAAAAAUCCAUCUUCUCAUUAGUGUUACAUAAUAUAUUCAUUUAAUUAAUGAACUGAAAUUGUUUUUGUUUUCAUUAUAAUGUAAAUGUUGAGGUUAUAUGUAAAUAAAACAUACAGUUGAAUGUUGGGUUUUCAAAGUGCUGAUGUGUAAAAAUUCAAGCAAAUUAUCUGCACAUGUUUAUACUGUAUUAGUUAAGCACUGACGUAAAGGCAAUGCUGUUACUUAUAUUAUGAGAUCAGUGGAGAGAAUGUAGGUAUGAAGGAAUUUUUGUACGGUUUAAUCAUGUUUUAUAAAACACUGUUUAAAGUUU